ACUCUUAUAGGUUGUGACACAAGCUUAAUUUAUGAGUUGGGCACACAAAUAAUAAUAAUAAUAAUAACUACCUAACACUAGCCAUGAGAUUAUGUUCAAAUACAAAUCAAAGCAAUUGGAAGGCCUUGGCUCUGUAAAACCCAAGCCGCUCCUGUCUCACCUGGUGCGUGGAUUUCGUCAAAACCAAAAUGCUUAUCCAAUCCGGCAUUGUACGAUCUCCCCUGCAACACAACCAUGUUUCUCUCGCUCACUCUCUCUCCUUUCCCGCCGGUUUUCCCAGUUCGGCAUUUCUUCGAACAGUUAGAGCGCGUAAGCCACCCAUGGUAACGGUUAGGUGUUCGAUAUCACAGGUCCACAGCUACGGGACUGUGGACUACGAGGGGAGGCCGCCAAUCAAAUGGAACGCUGUGUACAGGAGGAUAUCGAUGAUGGAGGACCCGGAAAUGGGUUCUGCAACUGUGCUGAACCAGUGCGAGAAAGAAGGCAAGAGGCUCACCAAGUGGGAGCUUUGUAGAGUUGUUAGACAGUUGAGGAAGUUCAGGCGUUAUAAGCCUGCUCUUGAGGUAUAUGAGUGGAUGAACAACAAAAAAGAGAGGUUUAGAACAUCCACCACCGACACAGCAAUUCAAUUAGAUCUAAUUGCCAAAGUGCAGGGAAUUAUAAGUGCUGAAAAUUUUUUCCUGAAGCUGCCAGAUACAUUGAAGGACAAUCGUACUUAUGGGGCUCUUCUUAAUGCUUAUGUCCGGGCUCAAAUGAGAGAGCAGGCGGAAUCUUUAAUGGAGAAAAUGAGAGAUAGAGGUUAUGCCAGGAAUGCACUUCCUUUCAAUGUGAUAAUGACUCUCUAUUUGAACCUUAAAGAUUAUGAUAAAGUUGACUUGGUUGUUUCCCAGAUGGAGGAGGAAAAUAUACCUUUAGAUAUAUACUCUUAUAACAUCUGGUUAUCAUCUUGUGGAUACCAAGGAUCUGUCGGGAAGAUGGAACAUGUGUUUUUACAGAUGAAACUUGACAGAACCAUCAAUCCAAACUGGACAACGUUCAGCACAAUGGCUUCAAUGUAUAUUAAACUGGGACAGAUGGAAAAAGCUGAGGACUGCCUAAAGAAGGUUGAGACUAGAAUCACAGGUCGGAAUAGAAUUUCUUAUCAUUAUCUCAUUAGUUUGUAUGGCGGUGUUGGCCUCAAGGAGGAGGUUUAUCGCAUCUGGAACAUUUAUAAAUCAAUUUUUCCGUCUAUUUCAAAUUUGGGUUACCAUACUAUGAUCUCUUCUUUGAUCCGGCUUGGUGAUAUCAGAGGGGCAGAACAGAUUUUUGAGGAAUGGUUGUUGGUUAAAUCAACUUAUGACCCUAGAAUAGUGAAUCUUCUCAUGGGUUGGUAUGUUAGAGAAGGGCUUUUUGAGAAGGCUAAAGGUUUGUUUGAUGAAAUGGUGGAAGGAGGAGGAAAGGCAAAUUCAAGCACAUGGGAGAUUCUUGCAGAAGGGCACAUAAGAGGGAAGAGGAUUUCCGAGGCAUUGUCCUGCCUUAAGGAGGCUGUCUUGGUCGAGCGAUCCAAAACCUGGAAACCGAAGCCUGCUAACAUUUGUUCCAUUCUGAAGCUAUGCGAACAAGAAGGUGACUCGGGAAGCAAGGAUUAUUUGGUGGGGUUGUUGAGGCAAACGGGUUUUCUUGACGAUGAAGCUUAUGAGCCCUACAUCCUUUAACCAUCAGGGUGGCUGCUCGCGAGGAACAGAUAAUAGAGAGAGGUAGAACGGAUGUUGAAGUCGAGGAGGGAGCCAAAAUACUUCUCAACAAACUGGAGGGAAGGUUAUAACAGUCUUCUCCUUUUCUAUUAGUUUGCCGGAGGAUCUUGAGGCUGGUUGGCUUUCCCUCUUUUUUUUUUUUUUAACAAUUUUUAAGUUGAUGGAUUUUUAAGUUGUGUAAAUCUUAAAGAGUGAAUAGCAUAUAAGUUGAUAACGUAUUUGAAUAAAUGUAUUUUUAAUA